AUGGCUGGCAAACUGAAAAACCCUAGCAAAAAUCUCAACCCCAAUUGGGCUCAGCUUCAGGAGAAGCUGAAAAUCAAUGGCGGCAAGAACCACUUUUCUAAACGCUCAAGCAAACCCGAUAAAGACAUCGAGAGAAGCAUAUUGGGGAAACGCAAAGAGCGGUCGGAAGAGGAUUCUCAAGCUCCGAAGCCGAAUCCUUUGAUCCCUACUUCUUCAGAUUGCAGUCUCACAGAUGAGGUGGCUAUGGAUUGUGAAAUGGUAGGUGUUAGCUCGUCUGGGAACAAGAGUGCUCUUGGGAGAGUUACACUGGUAAACAAAUGGGGAAAUGUCUUAUAUGAUGAGUAUGUUCGCCCGGUUGAUUAUGUUGUUGACUUCCGUACAGAAAUAAGUGGAAUUCGACCGCGUGAUUUGAGAAAAGCUAAGAAUUUCAAUGUUGUUCAGAAGACAGUUGCUGAGAUGAUCCAUGGCAGGAUACUUGUCGGUCAUGCAUUGAGGAAUGAUCUUAAAGCAUUGCUGUUAAGUCAUCCGAAGAAAGAUAUUAGAGACACGUCGGAAUAUGCACCUUUUCUGAAGGAUGGGCGAAGUCGUUCCCUGAAGAACCUUGCAGCUCAAUUUCUCAAUGUCGAUAUUCAAAAUGGCGAGCACUGCCCGCUUUUAGGUGAGAUGAAGUCCUUUUAA